GGUUAGCCCAUUUUGCUGACAAAGCCUGUCUAAAUUUAGAAGGCAAUAUCUUUCAAAUCACGCUCAGCUUGAUUGAAUGAUUGAGGGGCAUCAUUUCAUCAUAACCCAGAGAGACCAAGGACACUGAGUUUCAUCCAUUAAAACGGCGAUACUAGAAAUUGCAUUAAUUUAUUAAGUGGUAGCUUCUUCAAGUUUACAGCCACCUCAAAGACUUCGUAGAUUGCCGGCAGUCAAACUAAACCAGUCAUGGAUGAAGAAUCGGAGCCUCUGCUCUCCGCGGAAGAUGGCAAAAUUAAUCCUAGUGGUUGUGAGGUGAAGAUUUGUCCUGAUAAAUGUGAAAAGAACAGAAAAAUAUCCAGGAGGAACAACUACCAAGCUGUCACCGAUGUUGCUGGAGAUGGCGGCGAUGACAGGUUAGAAUUCUAAGCGAAAGCAUUGCUUUGCGUAAAACAUUCUUUGCCUACGUGUAGUCGUGGAAUGCCCGCUCUUAUUAUUGAUUUACGCGAGUAGAAAAGAUUUGUUGUUGUUCGCUUGACUUGUCUUGAUCGACAUAUGAUAGUUUAGAUUAGCUGGAAGUUUUCGAUUUUGUGAAAUUUACUGAGAAUAUAGAACUGCGGCCAUUUAGUGUUUUGAAAACCUUGACCGACAGUCGAGCUGAAAAUAGUUCCAAGUGUCACAAAACACGGUUUCGUCUUCUGAGCCCAGCGGUAACCAAAUUACGCUAGAUCGUCAGGAUCGCUUGACUUGUCUAAUCGACAGACAGACAGACAGAUUAGCUAGAAUCUUUCGAUUUUGUGAAAUUUACUGAGAAUAUGGGACUGCCGGCCAUUUAGUGUUUUUAACACCUUGACCGGCGGGUUACCGGCCAUAUUGCCAGUCACGCACUGUGAAAACUCGGAAGUUUAAAUUGCUGUAUUUUCGAAAUGAAACAUCCUUCGGAGCUUGAAACUUGUACAAAAACUUAUUUUUUAUUUAUCUUCAACCUUGUGUAAAUAAGAAUUCGUAAAACCUCGCUUUUUUGUCAAUUUCAAGAGGACGUAUUUUUUGUAUUUUAAAGUUUUCACGUUACGUCAUCGCCGCCAUGCUGGUGGACGGUAAACAAAAGAUUGCUCAUUAGCUCGUUUUGUUUGUCCACCAGCAUUUGUUCAUUUCACCAUUGUUAUUUGUGUCUCCCGAGAUUGCAUGAAAACCACCUAUAGGCACCUUGAUAUCCGUCUGAAGUCUAUUGAAACACCUUCGAACGAAAGAGAACGAACGGGUGUUGUUUUUGACUUCACUGCAUUGCGUGAUUUUUACCUUAUCACCAAAUACAGAUGACGUGACAGGUGAAUAAUCUGUCGUUGUACAUUUAAUUAUUCGCAGCAUACGGCUAUAUCCGUUGCACUGCCCUAAUGCACGCAAAUUUGUAGCUUUUUUUAUUGUUGAUAAACCUAAAACGGCUAUACCAGCAUGUUGCAAGUGAAUCCGUCCUUUCAUAUCAAAGAAAGCUAAGAACAGUUAAAUUGGCUUUUGAUAUUUAAUGCUCGCUCGUGGUUCAUGUUUAGUGACAUGCUGUUGUUGUGACCGUGUGUGUAUUUGCAAUUCCAAGAGGACAUAAUUUUUGGAAGUUAAAGAAAACAUCCCUGUUUUGCGAGCUAAAUUUGGAUAGGCAUCUUGAAUAUUCGAAGUCUUUUGAAACACCUUCGAACGAAGGAUCCGUCUAGUUAAGUCUUUUGAAACACCUUCGAAGGAAGAUGCCGUCUAGUGACGUCACUGUCCUUUGCUUUAAUUCAUGCAAAAACUAAAACACGAUUUUCAACCGGCAAAUAAAGAAAUAUCCUCAGGAAAUGUCUACAUGAUACAGAAUUACUUAACUCUUUUUUUGUUGGGGUUCGUGUUUUCAACUGCAUGCGCCACUCAGAACGAAUCUGUUGUAAUUCAAUAAUCAAACUCUAUUGCAAUCAGGCAAUGAAAUAAGCUUAAAUACACACAGGGGACACUUCGAAAACACAACAAUUUGCUUUAAUUGAAAGGAAGCUAUUUGGUCAUCGGGGGCGGAUCCAGGAUUUUUUUCAGGAGGGGGUGCACUCGUCUCUUGCUCUGCUUCAACACCAAUAAACCACAUAGUUUUUUUUGCAGAAUACCAGUUGUAUUAGAAAACUGCAGGUCAUCUCAGGGGGGUGGGGGGGGUGUGCACCCCAUGCACCCUCCCCCUACAUCCGCCCCUGGUCAUUAACGAAGAGGAAAGAAAACGAGGAAACAAACAAAUCCUUUGCUCGUAGUUCAAUUAAACAUUUCAUAGUUUCAAAGACAAGGGCAAUUUUGCUGUUUACAAUACAGAUUGUCUCCGUGCAAGCAUGCCAAGGAUGCAAUCCGCUGAAUAUCAAACGACAAUCCUGCUAAAAUUUCUCAUAAUUAUACAUAAUUAUGCAAAUAUUUGGACAAUAAACCAAUCAAAAUCACUACCCGACAUUAGUAAGUAAGAGACUUUAUUUUAUGAGGGUGGCACGUAACAAUAACUAAACAUUACUGAUCAACUUGUGGCCCUCUAGUUACUGGACGGCAUUAACGGCCGGUCUAUUCAGACGUUGCUGAGAAGAGAAAAACGACUCGAAGUAAUCGUCUGAAAUUCAGCCUACUUUGUUUGGUCUGUUCUGCUCUGUUGAGGUGUGGAGGCUGGUAACAGCUGGCUGGGUGCUUCUUUUUUAUCAGGGUUGUGGAGGACGGUGGAUGUGUGGUUCUCUUCUGAUAAAGUGAGAAGGUUGGUGGAGGCUGGGCUGCAUCUCCUUGUCCAGCUUUUGAAGACUGUGUAAAUUCAGCGUUUAUGGUUUGUUCGGGCGUGUGGUUGGGUCGAGGCCUGGUUGCUUCCCUCUGGUUUGGGUCCCGUAGACACUGAAGGCUUGGUUGAUUCAACUUGUGUGGCCAUGCUGUUUGGUGGAGGCCUGGUUGCAUCACCCUGUUGGGGUGCUUUGUGCACUGAAAGCCUGGUUCCUUUUCCUUGUACACAUGGAGAAGGGCCAGUUAAUCAUGGUAGUCUCCAUAUAGACUCCCUAAUAUGUUAUCUCUUGAGUAUACUAAGUCACAUACCCUUAUAUAUCUUGUAUACCCUGUAUACCCCUGUAUCUCCUGUGUACCCAUGUUAACCCUAGUAAUACUGUAUACCCUGUAUACCCUUGUAUAUCCUGUGUACCCAUGUUUACCCUAGUAAUACUGUAUACCCUGCUGUAUACCCCUAUAUAUCCUGUGUAACCAUGUUUACCCUAGUCAUAUUGUAUACCCUGUAUACCCUUGUAUACCCUGUGUACCCAUGUUUACCCUAGUAAUACUGUAUACCCUGUAUACCCUUGUAUACCCUGUGUACCCAUGUUUACCCUAGUAAUACUGUAUACCUUGUAUACCCUUGUAUAUCCUGUGUACCCAUGUUUACCCGAGUCAUACUGUAUACCCUGGAUACCCUUGUAUAUCCUGUGUACCCAUGUUUACCCUAGAAAUACUGUAUACCUUGUAUACCCUUGUAUAUCCUGUGUACCCAUGUUUACCCGAGUCAUACUGUAUACCCUGGAUACCCUUGUAUAUCCUGUGUACCCAUGUUUACCCUAGUCACACUGUAUACCCUGUAUAUCCCUAUAUAUCCUGUGUACCCAUAUAUAGAGAAUACUUCAUAGAAAGUGCUGGCGUACGGUAUUUACGCACGAGUUGUGGACGUAUCAGAAAUCGAACGAGUAAGAUUUCUGAUACAAAAACAACGAGUGCGUAAAUACCGUACAAAUCAAAAGUUUUACUCAAAGAGUUUUUCUCGCUAAAAAAGUGAAAAACAUUUCGGAAAUGGAGUGGAAUAGUUUCGUUUGUUUCACUGUCGAUAAAGAAAACGCUAGAGAGCCGGCGAAACAACAGCGGAAAGGGAUAAACAGAACGAGACGUAAGCUUUUGUUGUGAUUUUUGUCGGAGCUACUUUGCCUUUUCAUUUAAGCUUAAGCUUAUCUUGAAACCGGCCAUUUUACUUAAAUUCACUCAUUUUCAAUUGUGCAUUGAGAACAAACAGUUAAGAUUACUUAUAGUUCUUGGAUUACCUCACCGUCAUUUAUGUUUUUAACAAACAUUUUUACUAAAAAGCUGAUACUUCGUUUUCAUUGUCAUUUUGCGGUAAGUGUGCAGCGGCAGAUUUGAGCAUUUUUGAAAAAUUUAAAAUAAAAAGGCCGCCAAAAUGAUGAAUGUCUCAGUAUGUAUAUAAUAAACACAAUACCACAUGGAAAGUGCUUUGUACGGUAUUUACGCCAUCGUUGUUUUUUUAUCAGAAAUCUUACUCGUUCGCUGCGCUCACUCGUUCGAUUUCUGAUACGUCAACAACUCGUGCGUAAAUACCGUACGCCAGCACUUUCCAUGAAGUAUUCUCUAUAUACUUGUUAUGCUGGUAUAAUAACCUAUUGCAUUAAUAUAUUAGGGAGUCUAUAUGGAGACUACCAUGAAUUACUUGCCAGUAGAAGACAGGAAAGGCACGGUAUUCCUGGUCUGUUCGUGCGUGCGGUUAGGUGGAGGCCUGGUUGCUUCACCGUGUUGGGAUGCUUCUGUCAGCACCGCUGCAGACAGUGGAGUUUCCACCUCUUCAUUCUGGGCUGCAGACAAACCAUCUUGGUCGUCUCCUGAACUCAGUUGCUGUGGCUUGUAAAUCUUAACAUCCUUCAAUAAGUUUUCCGCCUUAAAAUCUUCCCAACUCGCCCGCGUAGCUGACAUUUUCCUUUUUCCAGGUUAAUUUUCUCUAUUGGGUAAUUAGGCCCCGGCCACUUAUCUUGGAUUUUGUGACCUUGCUUUGACUUUUCUGAAGCAUGUUGCCUCGCAGCACAACAUCUCCCUUCUUAAAGCUCUUAUUUCGGCCUGCCUCCUUCUUUCGGUACUGCCUUGUUUUGUUUCCCCUGGGCUAUGGUUAUGUUGCGUUCUACCUUGGAAAACCGUAACAUUUCUUGUCGUAGCCAUCUUGUCUAUGUACUCUUGCAAAGCAUCCUCCUUUCGACCUGCUGCACAAAUUUUUCAACGUCGAAUGGUAGCCGUGGUUGACGACCAAACAUUAUAAAGAAGCAGCUAAACUUAGUGGUGCUUGAGACAUUGGUCAAGUUAAUGGCAAACAAUUCGCCGUCAAUGAAGUCAUCCCAGUCGUUCCCGUUUUCAUCCAUGCCCUUCCUGAGAAUGUCCAGCUAUUGUUUUCGCACGGAAAGUGAUAUAUUAUCAUUAUCCAGAUCCCAGCGGCUGUAUAAUCGGGAAAAAAAACGUAUGGUAAAAAGGAAAACGGUGGAAGGAAAGGCUCCUGAUUUCACCUUCGUCCCCCCCCCCUUUUUUUUUCACGGUGACUUACGAGACUCGCGGAAAUAUGACCCUUUUAGCUCGAAGCCAGCAGUUCUAUUUAAUCUAUUCGAUAAAGGGUUGACUCCAGAAAUCAGUGAAAUUAGACGCACCUAGUCAUGGGCUCCUGUCCCUAGUGAUAUGUGUUUCCUUAACCGGAAAACACAUAUCACCAGUGAUAUGUGUUCCCGUGUAGAGGAAACACAUUUCACUAGGGAUAUGUGUUCGGGGCAACACAUAUCAAGGGGGAACACAUAUCACUGUGACGUCACAGUGAUAUGUACUUUUGUUCCCCCGUGAUAGAUGCCGUGACAAUUGGCACUAUUUGCAGGGUGUCCAGUUCCUAUUUUUUCCUAUUUUUUGAGCCUGUUCCUAUUUUCUCCUAUUUUUUAACUAAAACCUCUUAUUUUUCCUAUUUUUUAGCUUGUGAAGCCAAAAUUUGUAGCGAAAUUGAAAAUGGAAUUAUUAUAGUUGUAUGUGUUUUAGAGUGAGAUUUAUCAUAAAGCAAGUAGCAUGUUGACUUUGAUGUUCUAAUAUUAGCAAAAAUAAUAGUUACAUUAAUUUUGUUAUUUCUACGACCUCUAUUACCUUUUUGAUUUCUGUUAACAACUUUGUUAUGUUGUUACUUUAAUGAUUUUCUAGUGCACCCACAUAUAUUGUAUGUAGUGUUAUACAGUGUAGUUCUCAUGACUAUUGAAUAAUAUUUUGCAUAGCCCACUGAAACUGCAUUUCAGUAUCUGUACAUGUUACAUUUUAUUUUGAAGUCUUGCUCCCUUUUAUGUUCAUCUUUGAAACUGAAUACAGGAUCAAGUUGUCCUCUCACACUGACACUCAGUCAGAUAAAUCAUCCAAUCAACUUCUUGUUUAAAAAACCAAUCACUAGCUGGAUUCUGGAUGCUACAUGAAAAGAACAGACUCAAGUUUAGUUUAUGGCACUAGCUCUCUUGGUGAGCUCUUGUUAACAGCCAUUCCUAACCAUGACACACUUACAAUCUGAUACCAAAUAGAUCAGUGUUAUUUUGCGUACACCGCGGAAAGCCUGGUUCCGUAAUUAGAUGUAAAACUAUGCGGUCUUUUGAUUCAAACAAGCAUAUUCUCAACCAGCUACCGAUUGCAGAUUAAUGGACGGAAAGCUUUCCACAGGACUUUUUAGGCCUAGUUCGAUAUCCUUCAAUAACAACGCAAUCGUAAGAAAUUUGUAUCCUAAGAAAUUUCAUUCUUCGAAGCUUUUCAAGGAUUUGCUGCCAACUAACUUGAAGGGAAUUUGCAUAUUAUCACCUUCGAUUAUAGAACCAUGCUCGACGUGUAAUCAAGCAUAUCAUUCUGAUUACAGCGUAACUGAGCCAAUAAACUAAACGUUCAAAUACUGAUCACUCCUUCUAAGCCGCGAAAGUUGAUCUAAAUAAUCCUGCGAACGUAGAAGCUGAGGACUCGUAGCCUUUAUUACAACCCCGAUGGGAUGCAGGGAGACUAUCUUUGUCGACGAAAGUACUAUUGAUUUUCCUAUUUUUCUCCUCUUUUUUAAUACAAAGUUUCCUAUUUUUCUUAUUUUCUCAAUCCUGAGUUUCCUAUUUUCCCAUUUUUUUGAGCAUCUAUGGCACUGGGCAACCCUGUAUUUGCAAUGUGCGUAAUUUUUCAACAUCAGGCAGGGAGCAGCCCAUUCCCUUAUACUUAAAAAAGAGAAAAAACUUUAUUUUCUUGAUUUUUGUUUCGUUUUAGUAACGACAAGAAAAAGAAAGAAGCAGAAGAAAAACCACCCAUGGUUUCUAUUGGCCGACUGGUAAGUUAUCAACUCUCUUUCAAGCAGAGGUUUUUAAUUUGGAUCACUGGUUGAUCGAUUCUCCAACAGAAAACUCUGUUCUUCGUCAGGCAACAAAAAUCGAAUUAGCCUGCCAACAAGCUCUCCAUUUUACAUGGCGAGCGAAGCAAACCGCGAGAAAACGCGCGAGCGAGCGGCGAAGCACUCGCACUCGCGUCUCCUUUCGCGAGCGGCUCUCUCAUGAAUUCUCGCGACCUCCCCGAAUGGAGAACUUGCUCAUAGGCUAAAAUCUAACCAGCAGACUUGAUUUCAACUGAUGAAGAGAGAAGUUCCGUUCGUUAAUGGCUUAAAUAACCUUUUUCGAACUGUCAUAACGAAAAAAACACUCGCUCAAAUGAUAUUCACAAUGUUCUUAAGCUCAUCAGUUUUGUCAGCUACUGUCGCUUGGUGGUGGUUUGUCGGGACUUGUUUUUUAAAAGUGAAUCAUGUCUUAAAACGAUUCACCCAUUUGUUUGAAUAAAUCCCGGGGGAUACCAACCUCAUUCCUAAGGUUCUUGACUCAUACUCGUUGCAUGGACUGCGCGUUUUUCUCAUUAGUUUUCGCAAUCUCUGCAAGUUACUAUGUUGGAGCCUGUAACAGGCUAGUUUAGGAGUGGAAGACCACUGCUGGUUCCACCCAGUGCUGUGUUCAGGCAGAGCUUUCAGUAAAAAAUAGUAAUCCAUACAAACAGUACUAAGCACGGUCGUAACGAGGUAUAUGGUAUCACGGAUCAAUAGCACAAAUUGGGUAAGAUCAGGGAUCACAGCGCUGGGAUCUGGGAUCACAAGCCGUGGGAUCGGGAUCAAUACUGGUUUUCGGAUAUAACAACAAAGACCACAAAAUUCUGGAAAGCACCUUAAUUGGACGAACCUGCCAACAUUUAAGGUGCUUUGAUACAGUUGUUCGGAGACCAUACCGAUAUUUUUCAAUGGCCUUAAAUGGGAUUUUAUCCUUGUCCGAUUGCUAUAAGAUGAUAGACACUUUAUUAUGUAUCUCAUUCCGUCUUUACCAAGUAUACGCAGCUAAUCUGACCCAGGUUGAAUUCAGGGAUCAAAAAAAUUUUUUAAGCGAUCAGGGAUCAAGAUUUGCAACAAUUUUGAGACCAGGGAUCCAAAUUUAAGUCCUAAAUGUGAGAUCGUUUGGGGAAAAAUAAACCUCGUUACGACCCUGACUAAGGGAUGACCAGCCCGGCUGUAAUUUGAGAUGCUUUGAAAUGCCGUUAAAAUAAACUAAAAGUAUCAUCAUCAAGUUUGUGGUUCCUCGUAUCUCGACUUAAAUGGAUCAACCCCACUGCCAUAACGGAUGAAUUUAUUCUAUAGACUACCAGUAGAUCCUCGUUUUCGUCGGGGGUAGUAGAGCGAGCGCGCGAGAAAGGUGACACGUGGAUGAAAGUACCGAUUCGACUACGAAUAGGCCCUUUGCAGCUAGCCAUUCACGUGGUACAAAACUGCCAUGCUGGAGAGCAACAAAAGGCAUACAUAAUUUUAAAUGGUAAUUUCCUUUGUUUGUCUUGUCCCAGGGCGACUUUUGCUCUUCAGUAAAGCGGUUUUGUACCACGUGAAUGGCUAGCUGCAAAGGGCCUAUUCCCUCACUUUUCCCGGCUUAGGGAUAGUAAAAAUGAGCGAAUUAGGCGAGCGCGUGACACGUGGAAGGAAGGGAGAUUUUUUCGAAAGCAGAGUACCGAGUCGGCUACGAGUAGUCCCUCAUUUUCCUAAGAGGUGGUAAAAUGAGCGAAUUAGGCGAGCACGCGUCAAAAUAGCAGGGCGCGAAGAAUGUCACUGGUGGAGGGAAGAGGGAAUUUUUUGGUAGAGCAAAUUACCUCAUUUUCCUCAGGGAUAGUAGAAUGUGUGAAUUGCGCGAGACCGCUUGAAAAUAGCUGCGCGCGAGGAAGAAGUCACGCGGAGGGAAGAAAGUAGGUUUUGUAGAGCUAAUAGAGACCUUUAGAUUCUAAGACGAGAACGACUACGAGUACGAGAUUUUCUCAAUAGCAAGUAUUGCUCGCGCAUGGGGCAGCGUUAUUUUGGCGGGAAAACGUGGUAGCCGUCGUCAUUCUACUUCGAGUUUUAGCGAGAGUGUCGUAGUGGCGGACACAAGUUAUCAAAUGUUAGAAGUUUUACCAUUUUGCAAUCUGGAGAGAGCUCAACCUCCUUCAAUAACGAUAACAGUGCUAACUUUUCUGGUGAAAAAAAGUACAAUGAAGAAUUCCGUGGUAUCUAUUUUUUGACAAUACGCGAAAAAACUUCAAAUCAAAUCUCGUACUCGUAGUCGUUCUCGCCCUCGAAUCUAAAGGUCUCUAAUACCUGUUAGACUACGAGUAGACCCAAAAUUUUCAUCAGUGAGGGAUAUUAGAGCCAGCGAAGUACGCGAGCGCGCGUGAAAAUUUCCGCGCGGGAGAAAAGUCUCUUGACUACUGAAUCCAACACUGAUAAUCUCGAUUACAAUUAAAAUUUGUCUUUGUGUUCUUAGCGCUAAAAUGUUUGAAAAUCCAGACGUUUCGGGACUACUGUCCCUUCAUCAGUGGAAGAUGCCGUUACACUAAACGCGCGUCAUUUUAUUCAAAUGUGGCAAGAUUUGAAGCGCGCGCUGGAAGAGUUCGCUCAAAUAAACUUGAAGUCAAUGUUUAUGCCGCUAGGCUGUAGAGUUUUGCAUUUAAAAAUUAGGCGGCCCUCCGCUCCACGUCUGUCCCUGGUGUUGUGAAGACCCGCUCGUACAACAGCUACCAUCAUAUCAUCUGGUGUGUGACCGGGGGAGGAAAAAUGUUUACUGAUAAUCUCGUACUGAUUUGUCAAUGAUCGCCUGAAAAUUCUUAGGUAAUUUACGAAUUCCUUUCCACUUAUUAAUGUUCGAUUGUGUCUUAGUUUCGUUUUAGUGACAAGCUAGAUGUUGUGUUGCUUACCCUGGGCACUUUAGCAGCAGUUGCUCAUGGAGCUGCGAUUCCCGUUCAGUUCCUCAUCUUUGGUGAUCUAAUCGACAGCUUUAUCGAGUUUGCGCAAGCACAAACCGGCAAUGCUACACAGACUUACGAUCUGAAUGGCGAGAUGACAAAAUUUGCUCUGUAUUAUGUUUACCUGGCGGCUGGUAACUUUGUCGUCGCUUAUGGACAGAUGGCGUUCUGGUCCCUUACUGCUACGCGGCAAGUAAAGAAAAUGCGUCUGGCUCUCUUCAGUUCCAUCUUGAAACAGGACAUUGGUUGGUUUGACACAUCUGAACCGGGAGAACUCAAUAAUCGAUUUACUGAGUAAGUGUGCGCGCAACUUUGUGGUCAUUGAGCCUAAGUAGUAAUGAUGAUAGCAGUAAAAUAAAAUCGACUUUCUUUCAGGGAGGCAAUAUGCCAGGUUUGAUUUAGCGCGUAAUACUACUACAGGAGAAACUUCUGCAAUUUGAUUGGCUUAGAGCAGUGGUAUUUGCAAUACCUGCAUGUGAAAAUUACAAACCUUUUGCGGGUAGUGGUAUAAACAAAUAAUAGCAGGAUUUGUACGUGAUAUUUGGCAUAAAUACCACCCGUAAAUACCUAUACUAAUACCCUUUGAGGACACUGUUUUAUAUUCCCUAAAGGCAUUCGAGACUGGACGUUAUUUAACAAUUAAAAGCGUCUCGUUGCUCGGCUGUUUAGUUCAUUUUAAGAGUUUAAGAUACCACGACGCCGACGGCCACGAAAACGUCGCUUAAAAAGUGAAUUUGCGUUCCCUUCAAUCUCUAUCCCGAUUACUCUAACUCAUUUACUUGCAAGCGAACUCUUUUUUAGCCGACUUCCUAAGAACCAUAUUCAAGUUCAGAAAAAGAAAGAAAAUUUACUCGUCGGUUGUUUACAUCCUCCCUAAAACGUGAAAUAAGGCAUUUUGCCGUCGUAGCCGUGCAGUGACGACAAAGAGAUGUACAAAAAUGCGUGAUGCACGUGCAGAUUUGUUGUUUUGCCUGUUCAACCUAUUGCUUUUUUGACGUUCUCGUUGUCGUCGCUGUCAUGGCAUCUUACAGUCAGUUUUUUCGCCAUGGAACUUGAAAUUACUUGCCAAUGAUAAAAUCACAGCUUCGUGUCAAACAAAAUUGUCUCCCAAGCAUAUCAUAUCAAACUUCAAAAAUGAAUUUUGAAAAUCCGUUAGGCGAACACGUUUUCAAAAACAACAAUUGCGUCCGUUUUAGUCUUCUUCAACUUUGCCCAUCCGUGCUUCCUUUUAUAUUGGCUGCGUUGUUUAUACCUUCGUAGAAUGUUUUGAGCGGUUAUUUUGUUGUUUCACGUAGCCGGAGAAAAAAGCCGACAUUUUGCGACGCCACUACUGGUUGCUCCGCGAAAUGACGUCUGAGAAAUGAACGCAGAAAUUCCAUACUGAUGACGCGUCACUACCCAGAUCUGGGUAGUGUUUCUGAUUGGUCGUACCGCGUGGGAAAUUUGCUUCAACCAAUCAAAAGCACUACCUAUAUCUAGGUAGUGAGGCGUCAUCAGUAUGGAAUUUCUGGGCUCGUUUCUCAGACGUAACUUCGCGGGAAAACCAGUGGUGGCGUCGCGAAAUGUCUUCUGUUUACUCAGGUUAUGGUUCACUCAGUUUGGUGGGGGUUCCCACAGUCCCACUGUUUGAAUUUGCAUUUAUUUCCUAGUACUUAUGUUAUAGAUUCACCUUUACCUCAUUGACUGACUUUUUGUACUGUUUCUUUUAUCCAGAGACUUGAAUCAAGUGUUUGAUGGAAUUGGGUACAAGAUCGGUAUGUUCGUGCACGCCAUAUCCACAGUGUUAGCGGGCUUUGUCUUGGCGUUCUUGUAUCAAUGGAAGCUCACGUUGGUUCUGAUUUCUAUUACUCCAUUGCUGGUCGUUGCAGGUGGAAUUUUGGGAAAGGUAACUUGUUGUAUUAUUCUUUUUAAGUGGCCGAUAAGGCCAGAAACUGAAACAACACUUAUAGUCGCUGCAACAUACACGAAUACUCUAAACCAACCCUCUUCUUAAUAGAGAGGAGAAGUCGUUACGUCAUGUUGUCAUGUUAGCAUAAUAUUUUGAUCACAACCGAACCAAAAAGGUUACUUAAAAAGUGAAUUCACACUGUUUCAAACUUCAUCGAUCUUAUUCCAUUUUUUUUUUUAAUUUGUCAAAUGUUGGCGAAAUUUUCUGGAGUUCACUUGAAUCCGAAAGGACCGUUUUUAAGUUGCGAAGAAGGAAAAUAAAAUUUUUGUGUUGUAUCAGCCUACUCCAUAAAGCGGGUGCGUAAAAUUAGGAAGUUUCAUAGUGUCGCAGUCGUUCAAUGACGGCUAAGAAAAAGCGUGAUGCACGUGCAACUUCGAUGCCCUAAACCAAUGGCUUUUUGCCGUUCUUGUUGCCGUCGCCGUCCUCGUUGCUUAAGCUCCUACUGUUGUGAUCUACAAAUUUUUCUAUCAUGGUAACAUGACGUUACACGUCUCCUCACUAUUAGUGGUCGCUUACAGGAGGUGAUCGCUGACGAAAAUCGAACCACUGGGGGUCUCCUCCGAGAAGAGGUCCCGACACUACUACUUUUUGGCGAAUAAUUUAUUGAAUGCAAUUUGUAAGUUACGUUACGUGUAGUUUCCUGUUUUCACUUGAAAUUCUUUAUAUACUCUGAGUGGCACAGUACAUAAAGCAAACGAAUAGUCCACACCAUGCAUCAGAAUGGUCACUUGCAAGAGACUAAAAACAAUGAAAAACUANGGGGGUCUCCUCCGAGAAGAGGUCCCGACACUACUACUUUUUGGCGAAUAAUUUAUUGAAUGCAAUUUGUAAGUUACGUUACGUGUAGUUUCCUGUUUUCACUUGAAAUUCUUUAUAUACUCUGAGUGGCACAGUACAUAAAGCAAACGAAUAGUCCACACCAUGCAUCAGAAUGGUCACUUGCAAGAGACUAAAAACAAUGAAAAACUAUAGAAAGGCGAGGCCAAAAAGCGCUCACUUUCGCGUUUUAAUUAGCGGUAGUCGUUUACAAGAGGUGUUAAUGAUAGGACUUUGACUGGGUUAAGUUUUUAGUUUAAGAGAGGUGGUCGCUUAUGGCAUGGGAAGUGGCCGCUUUUGAGAGGUGGUCGCAUAUGGAGGUUUGCCUGUCUUAAACUACUUACAACUUAAAACAGUACAGUUUUAUUAUCAACUGUGUUGUUAGCCUACGUGGUAGCAGCAAAAAGGGGAGGGGAGGGGAGGGGAGAGGGAGAAAAGCGCGAAAGGAAAAAAGUGAGAGGGAGAGCCUGCUAUAAGAGCCAGUGUUCCCGCAUUCCUCCCACUAAUCUGAUAAAGUUAACUGUCAAUACAUGAACAAUCACAAGUAGGGGGCGCCUCUCAGCAUUGUCCAAACUUUUAUAUCCGAAAUUGUCAAAUCGAUGAUAAUUAUAUCAGAUGAUGUUAUAAUUGAGCAAAAUAAAACAUUUUUGCUGUUGUUGCUCAGCAAAUAUAACAAACAAUGACCAGUUUCGUGUGUAUAAACAAAAAUCAGACAUAACGGUUGCAAAGAAUAGAAUAGUCGCCAGCCUGAGACGAAAAUAAUUAUGAAAGGAUAAUUAUGUAAGGGUUAUUUACCUAGAACGAGGGGGCAUGUGGUAUAUUCACCAGGUGCCGCCCCGGCAGACCUCGGGGCGGUAUCAGGUGAAUAUGUUGUGGUUCAAUUUUAUCCUUGGUUUAAAUGUUUUUUUCGUUUUGGUGGGGUAUGGUAAUCUAUGAUUAUGAGUUUAUAUCAAAGGGAAAUAAAAUUUAACCAAGGGUAAAAUUGAACUACAACAAAUACAUCGAACAACCCCGAGGGACAGGUAAAUCAAAUGCUUAUUUUUCACUUGUGAGGUUUCCUAAUGCAAAAAGCUUUUCAAAAAGCCUUAAAUUAAUUCUAUUGAGAUGCUUAUUCCCAAGAGCCUCGAAAUUCUAGAAUAUGGAAAUUGACCAAUUCAUGUGGAGUAGUCAAACAGUAGUUUUACCAGAAAGUGAUUCAGAGGAAGAAAUAUUCUUAACGUUAAGGCAGAGCAGUUUUGGAAACUCUUUUGGACCUUCCAGCACGACAGAUUUUAGUGUCAGUCGUCCAACGAGUCACAUUGCAAGCCAGAAUGUUCGUAGGUAGACGUAGGAGAUGUUAUGUUAAAUUUGUUUAUGAGACGCGGCCGGCGAAGCGAAUUUCUAGUCUGAAGGACAUUGCGCCUUGACAACUGCCGACAAAGCCAAGAAUGAAGUCCAAGAAAAUGUGGUAAGCAAUCGAAAUUCAGAAAUUCUGACUUGUGUUGCUUUACUGGGAUGGCUAAACAUGUUGAGGGAAUAUGAGCAGGGAAUAAAACAAGGGGAAUGUGAGUAGGGGAAAUAUAUAUUUCAAUGUUUUGUUAUUGUUAUCAGCUGUUGUUUCAGCCCCGGUCACCAACUUUUUAGACAGUGAAUAACAGGAGGGCAAUUUCUGUGCGCAUGCGUGCUGCCGCUGAACGACAAUUGCAAUAGCAUGGGCGCAUCAAAUCUGAUGGCGGGGAAUCGAAAACUCGCGCGAAGUAACAGUCCUUUUAAAAGCCAUUUCGUUGGUGCUUUGAAUAGUGUACUUUCCUACAAAGAAUGUUCUCCAUGACAAAAAUCGAACGUUUUCUACGCGGGUUUUCAGUUGUGAGAUUUUCAGCAGUAGGUUUUCUUGACCUUUUAAAGACUUUAAAGACUCAACACCAAAAAUCACUGUUCCUGUAUACGUCUGAUUUUCACUGGCAAAGCAGUGCCUAUCUAUGAUUUGACUGCCAGACUCAUGGUUUUUCUUAUCAAGGAAGAAAUGCAACGUAGCAAUGUUCAGCUGCGUUAAGAAGAGCGAAAAAAUUUAUUUUUUACUACGCGAGGUUUAUUUAUUAGCUUGAUGCCUCAUGUUAAACUGAUCGCGGAGAAGAUUACUGCAGGAGGCGAUUUUUCACAGCUUUCAUCAAAGCACCAUUCAUGGGCGGAAGUGUUCUUAUUUUUAAUAAUCAUUAACUUAUUGUGGGGAGAAAGGCGAGAUUUCGAGAUAAAAAAGCCUGCGAAAGAGGGAAAAUGCAGUUUCACGGCAAAAUGGACACCAAUUUAUUCCUGAAACGAUUAAGUUCGAUUUUAGAGUUAUGCUGUUGAGAAGAAUUAAAUAUCUACAGGAUAAUUGGUUAAAGAAAAAAAUUUUGAUAUUGACCUUUUCCUACCGCUCAAAAAAUGUGCGCGAAAUGUUUGGUCGAAAGAACAUUCAGCCGCCAUCUGGUCUUCGAUCUACUCUUUUACGAAAGGAAAGACUGUCCACUAAUGGGCGACAGCGAGGCUAAAAUAAACUCACUUUCACCGUAGAAAUAACUCGAUACCUUAAAGAACACGUUUGUCGAACGUAGCUCCCAAUAUACGUCAUUCAGCUCCAGAAAACAGCCUGCAAUGCUGGUAGCGAACGUAAACAAUUCGCAGAAAAUUCUACAGACCAUAUUGACGCAUGCGCAUACAAAUUGCCCCUUGUUAAUAAUGAGGGGUUAUGUAAUGUAUUCUCCUAAAACGAACAAAGGAAACCGAGCAUAAUGAAAAAUAAGACCUUUUAUCAAUAAUAAUAAUGAUAAUAAUAAUAAUAAUAACGCGAACAUUUAUACAGGAUAACCUAUCAGUUCUAAUAAAAAGAACUGUUAUCAAAAGGGUCCUGUAAUUAUCUCAUAAAUAGCUAAAAACAUAAAGAAGAAAAUUGAAGAGGAAAAUAAAAUAAAAUAACGCUAAGAAAUCUAAGAUUCAAAAAUCAAAAUCUGUAAAAAUUAUUGACUUAAAAGACUGAAAAGAAUUGUGAAUUAUGGAAUACUAUUGAAAAAACCUCUUUCAAAUUUCUCGUAAAAAGAAACCCUGAAUUUAAAUUUCUUAAAUGCCGAGGUUAAGUAUUGUAAACUAGAGCCCCUUGAAAGGCAAAACUUCUCCGUCCAAAUUCUAAUUUGGCUUUGGGAAGUUUUAGUGAACACCCAUUGUUUCUAGUGUUAAUGUUGUGUUCAAUUUUUGUAAAAUAUCCUUUAAAAGGGGUACAGACGUUAUCCUGAAGACAAUCAAACACAAGCUGGCAGGACUGUCUCUUUAUUAAAUUCUCCACUGUCUGGACUUGAUAAUUUCCACCAAUGACUUCCAAUGCUUUCAAUUUGACUCUUACGGGAACGUGACCAACAGAGACCCAAAGUUCCACAAUACGUAAAAACAGGUUGAAUCAUUGCUUUGUAGAUUUUCUCAGCACUGCUCUUGUCGAUUAAAGGUCGGAUUCUCCUGACUGAAUUCAAUCUUCCAGCUGCUCUUUUACCGAAGCUUCAGCUCUCUCUUAACAAACCAUUUAGAAGUUAAUUGAUUGCGUUAUAUGAUUUUACGUCAAUAAGUUACUCAUUACGGCUCAGCCAAUCAGUAAGUUGCGGACGCUGGCGACAAGAGGUGUUUCUCAUAUAUAUAUAAAAGUAAUACGGGAACUGCAAGUUUUCGUAAUUCCUUGUUGAUCAUUUUGCAUGUUGCAGGUGAUGGCUGUGUCUACAACUAAAGGGCUAGAUGCUUAUGCCAGAGCUGGGAGCGUAGCAGUAGAAGUAUUAUCAUCCAUAAGAACUGUUGCUGCCUUUGGAGGCGAAAAGAAAGAAAUUCAAAGGUACGGGUGAACAGACAACCGAAAUUCUCACUCUUUGAAGGGUGUUUAUCGAUGACUGUAGCGUUGACGAUUGACGACCCUUUUGAAGUUACAAAUGCCAUUUUUUGGCCGCUGGUGUUUGUGAAAUUGCAACUAAACUAUUCAAAUUAUUCAUGUAUUUUAACAACUGAAGUAUUUUUCCUCAGUCUGGACAAAUAUAAUUGUAUUAUUUCAUUGGUUUUCGGGAAUCCUUUACAUCACGAAACGUAAUCUUUCAACUGUGCUUUGGUUCCGAGUUAACCAUCAAGCACGCUAACCAUCAUUUUCUUUGUUGUAAAGAUCUUUGUCUUUUUCAGAAUGGUAAUGGUUUUCGUUCGCUUUCACCACUAAGUUUCAUUUUUCUCCUUAUCGUUGCCACUGUGUGACGCAAUUAGUCUCACUUGGGACAUUCAAAGUUUUCAUCGACUUGCUUGUGUGACCAUUAUUGAUAAUAAGGGAGCCCUGCGUUUAUUUUGAUUUCAGACUUUCGUGUUAAGCUUAAUUGACAGCUGUCAAAACAGGGUAUCCGCUAAACAGUAUCACACGACUGCAUCCACGGGCUCAGAUGUCAACUUCUCUAGGUUACUUGUUUUUGAAGUUUUCGAUUCAGCUAACCAGUUAUUAGCUGUAAAUUUAUCGCAGGCUCAUUCCAAAUCUAUUUUUUUAGGAGAGAAGGUCGUUUUAUCGUCCAAGUGAUUGCCGUUGCAGGGUAUUGACGUAAGCUUCGCUUUUAGCUCUGGCUACAUCUAUAUAUUAAAUUAUUAUAAAUAAAAGCAGUUAGGGCUCCCUUGUUUUUUUCUGGGUUCGUCACGUUUACAAUUGUAUGGUAUACGUUUCAAAUUUAAGGUAUUCGUCAUAUCUGGGAGAAGCACGAGACUUCGGUGUGAAGAUGGGUGUUUUUAUGGGUCUGGGCAUGGGUAUUCUUCAUAUGAUCAUGUACGGUAGCUACGCUCUGGCCUUCUGGUAAGUAUGUUAAAUUUUUGUAAUGUCUUUUGUCCCUUUCGAAAUUUAAUUACGUCAGAUGUUAGGAAAGUUCCUGCUACUUCUCCUUGGAAGUGAGGAGCUCCCAGCCCACAGGUUGCAUUUGUUCCUCACUCGCCUUGAGACGCCUCUUUCUCGUUACACUACAAAGCUUUGAAUUUGCCAUCUUUAUUUAUUUAUCACCAUACGGUACGCCCUCGACAUUGCUGUUCUUAGAAAUGCACAGAACACUUGUCACACACAAGCCCAUCGUCCGUCUCUUCAGAGCUUAGUAGACUAAAGUCUCACCCGGUGAUUCUGACAAAGGUGAAGGGAGGGUUAAGCUCCGUCGGGGACCCUCUCCAGCCCCCAUCCUAUCACUAAACCUUAUGAAAUACACUGGUUAAACUGCCAUUAAGCUCCCACCCUCGGGGUACUGGUAAGUGGCCGCUUAAUGGAGGUUGGCCUCUCAAUAGAGGUUUGCCAUGAAUUAGCAUAAACUUAAGCAGAAAAAUUACUCGUAAUUCUUUUUCCUCACUAUCUACAGGUACGGGGCAAAGUUGAUAAUAAAACACGAAAUGAACGGUGGAGACGUGCUUAUUGUAAGAGAAAUGAUGCGUUUAAUGCUUUUUGUUCCCCAGAAUUAUAUAACAAGAUAGUUACUAUAGAUUCUGUUGUUGACUCUGUGGACGCAAUCCUAUGACGCGACCGGUGACCUUUAAAAUUAAAACACUUCAGAAUUGCUUCCACAUGGUGUUAUUAUUUUGUUUUUUACUACGCAUGUAGUUCUAACUUUUGAGUCUGUGGACAAAAUUCUAUAGUGUGAACAUUCAAAUGAAACCUCUUCAGCAGUACUUUCACAUGGUACUAUUUGUUUUGUAUGUAGUUCUAACUUUUGAGUCUGUGGAAAUAUCCUAUAGUAUGAACAUUCAAAUGAAAAUUCUUCAGCAGCACUUUCACAUAUACUCUUCGUUUUCUGUAUGUUACGAAAUCAUAGUUUUUCUUUUCUUAUAAAAAUUAUACACAUUUAGAGCACUCCUAACUUGGGACUGAACAAGACGUGUCUCUACUGAUGUAUCGUGAUUAAUCAAGAACUUGCUCAAGGCUUCGCUUUGCAAAUGCCAUACUUGAAAACAAAAAUUUUACAUGUGCUUGUAUAAGUCUGUUUUCUGUUUUUUGUCUUUAGGUAUUUUUCUCCGUGGCGGUCGGUGCCAUGCAACUAGGUCAAGCAGGCCCUUACUUCCAAGCCAUAGUAACAGCACGAGGAGCAGCAUACAAAGUUUUUCUCAUAAUUGACAGGGUGAAGAGAUGUAUAUAUUGUUUAAAGGCAGUUUAGGACUAUUAUUCCACCCUUGCUUAGCGUUUGAAAUCUUCCGGUCAUAUUCUUGCUCUCCAGCUACACUACCAAACAGAGCCUCCGCUGGAUCAUUAUUUACUUUAAUUUUCCUUAUCUGGUCAGCUGGGGUUAGCCUGCUACGAAGAAUUAACCGGGGGAAAUAUAUUAAUCAACGAACUCUAUUAAUAAGUCGUUGCACUAACAGACAGGUGCAACGACAGACGAUCACAGAAGAGACGGCAAUCAAGUCUACAACGUUCACGGGAAAAUUUGUUUACGCGGACUUUAAAAAGAAUGUGUUUUAGCCCUAAAAUGGGGUGGUUUGAGUGAGUGAAAUACAGUUUUUUGGGGGGGUCUAAUUUGGCUCUCUAAUCAGGGUAAAUACAUGUCAGUCCAAUUACCUUGGGCUGAUUUGGACCCACGGACUGAAAUUAGUCCCAGCAUGGGCUGGAAUAGGCAUUCCGGCCCUGCUUGCCGGAGAGUCUCCAGUGGCUCAGCCGUUAGAGCAUCCAAACUUGACCUCAUCGGAGGGUCGUAAGUUCGGUUCUCACUUGGAGCUCAUAAUUUUUCUUUGAGCUUUCUGGUAUCAGGGUUCUCCUUCUUCCAAAUUAUAUUGUACAGUCUUAGUCUCGUAUGCUGUUGGACGGCCGAUUUCGAGCAAGUCCCCGAUACAGUCCUCUAUGACUGGUGUAGUUACAGUUAAAUUCGAACCCUGCUCUUCAUAGAGUCUCUAGUGGCUCAGUGGUUAGAGCAAAGUGAAUUAGAACUCGGAGGGUCGUGAGUUCGAUUCUCACUUGGGGCUUUUCUGAGCUUUUUGCUAUCAGGACUAUUCUUCUUCCAAAUUGGAUGUGGCCUUUUCGAAUUGUGCUCAAUUGUCUCCAGAAAAGGAAAAAGAAAAAGGUUCAACUCCCACAGGACUGGUUCAGAACACCAUCAUGCCCGCCGUUUUCAGUAUUGUUUUGGGACACCAACAUGGCGGACGUGACGUCAUGUGAGAGCGGUCUAUUGGCACAUACCCCUUUAAGCCCCGAUAUCCAAACACAAAAUUCUCCAGACUGAUCUCCAUGCAUUUCCGUAAAGAAUUGGUUGAGAGAAUUUGUUUGCUGAUCAAAGCUUUUCCCAUCGGUGCUCAUUUCAUUAAUUUUUACAACAUUUUCUCUUGAUGAUGUAUUGAUAAUGUUGAGAGAAAGUUGACUUUGGUCACUCUUGGGACGUAAAGGGUUGAGGGCUGAAACAGAUCUUUUUAAUUUUCAGUGUGGUUAUACAUGUAGAACUUUCUGACGCUCUUAUUUUGUUCUCUUUCACUGACUAGGUUCCCCCAUUCGACUCCAGUUCUACUGAGGGAACAGUCAUCGAGCAUGAAUCUUUUAAAGGAAAUAUAACUUUUAACAACAUCGAAUUUUCUUAUCCUUCGAGGCCAGACGUGAAGGUAUUUAAUAUGAAAUGGAGGACGAUAGCUUACGAGUGUCUAUGAAUUUUUCACUCAUGUUUCUGUCUCAGGUUAAUCAGCAGAUAUUAUUAAGAGCUAAGGUGUAAUACGCGUAUAUAUGUAACCUUCAGGGCGUGUCCCCACUGGUCCAUUUAAAGUGAUUCCCUUUUUUGGCACUGCGCAUCGCCUACUGUGCAUAACCUUGCGACGUCAAAGUUAGCGUUUUGUUAUUUAAGACUAUAUGGAUGGUAAGGGUAAACGUAUAUUGGAGCUGUGAAAAAUUGGUAAUGUCUUCCGCACAGAAUUGACCUAAAACAGCAAUAUGCUCUUCACGCAUAGCCCCUUUAAAUUGUAAUCGCACUCGUGAACUAUAUAUUAGAACAGCUUCGCGAGAGUGGAUGAGUUCAUAAACGGAACAAUAUGACGCUCUCAUGGAGACAAAAUUAGAAGAGAUAUUGAGUGCAGCAUUUGAAAACUUGUUGGGAUUUGUGUGGCAUAGCCUCAAUGACUUUUUCUCGUGCUUUGUUUCUUUAAGAUUUUGGAUGGUUUGAACCUGACUGUAGACAGUGGACAGACUGUUGCCUUAGUGGGCGAAAGCGGCUGCGGAAAGAGCACAAUGGUCAAGCUCGUGCAGAGGUUUUACGAUCCAAGUAGCGGUGAGGUAAGAGGCUCCCCGUCCCGUUCCGCCAUCGAAGUCUUCAAAGUUUAGCUCUUAUCUUAAGGCUGGUAAAAGCAUAAAUAACUUCUUUUAGACUAUUCCCCAGUCGUAUUCUCAUGGCUGGAAGCUUUUCGUCAUUUGAUUUUCGGCAGUUGAGUGCCUUUAUAGCUUAUUCGUUGACCACAAUGGGAGUCUUGGUUUUCUCCGUAAGGAGAGGAUGUGACUGAAUGCUAACCCCCUCCCCCCUUGUCCCAUAUGAGAAUGUUUAGAGGUUGUUCCUUUAUAUAUUCCCUUGACACACAUGUGCUUUAAAGAAAUAAAAAUAAAUAAGGGCAAUGCCCGCAUCACCCUUAAUGAACAAGAGAAAGAUAAAGUCAGUCCUCAGCGGUUAAUAUCAUUACAAGACAACGAGGUCCUGAUAAACAUCUACUUAAAACUUACUCGUACGUUCUUCUGUAUAUACCUUUAAUUUUCUGCCCCUAUAUGCGAAGGUAUCUAUUGAUGGUCAUGACAUUCCCAGUCUGAACUUAAAGUGGUUGCGUGAGCACAUUGGGGUUGUAAGUCAAGAACCUGUUCUUUUCGACACAACAAUAGCAGAGAAUAUCAGGUACGGCAAGGAGGAUGUGACACAGGAAGAAAUAGAAAAAGCAACAAAGAUGGCGAAUGCUCAUGACUUUAUCAGGAGUCUUCCCAAGGUUNGCUCCCCGUCCCGUUCCGCCAUCGAAGUCUUCAAAGUUUAGCUCUUAUCUUAAGGCUGGUAAAAGCAUAAAUAACUUCUUUUAGACUAUUCCCCAGUCGUAUUCUCAUGGCUGGAAGCUUUUCGUCAUUUGAUUUUCGGCAGUUGAGUGCCUUUAUAGCUUAUUCGUUGACCACAAUGGGAGUCUUGGUUUUCUCCGUAAGGAGAGGAUGUGACUGAAUGCUAACCCCCUCCCCCCUUGUCCCAUAUGAGAAUGUUUAGAGGUUGUUCCUUUAUAUAUUCCCUUGACACACAUGUGCUUUAAAGAAAUAAAAAUAAAUAAGGGCAAUGCCCGCAUCACCCUUAAUGAACAAGAGAAAGAUAAAGUCAGUCCUCAGCGGUUAAUAUCAUUACAAGACAACGAGGUCCUGAUAAACAUCUACUUAAAACUUACUCGUACGUUCUUCUGUAUAUACCUUUAAUUUUCUGCCCCUAUAUGCGAAGGUAUCUAUUGAUGGUCAUGACAUUCCCAGUCUGAACUUAAAGUGGUUGCGUGAGCACAUUGGGGUUGUAAGUCAAGAACCUGUUCUUUUCGACACAACAAUAGCAGAGAAUAUCAGGUACGGCAAGGAGGAUGUGACACAGGAAGAAAUAGAAAAAGCAACAAAGAUGGCGAAUGCUCAUGACUUUAUCAGGAGUCUUCCCAAGGUUGGUCGAUCCAGUUUGGGUGCAUGUAAAAAACACUUAGCGCCAUUAUUAGGUAUGUAAGUAGCCAACGUCUACUUGACCUAGGUCCAGAGUCUAGAGUCUAGGUCUAGAGGUCUGGAGUGCGUGCAGAAUGUAUGACUGUUUGGCUGUCUGCCUCGCUAGGAUACCUAGAACAAGAUGAAAAUUUCCCCCAACGAAAGUCUUGUGGUUUUCGUGUAGCUUGUCGUGUAACGCGUAAUAAUCACGUUUCAAAACUAAGGAAGGAAAAAUUGGUGACGAAUUUACCUUCUCGUAAGCGAUCACUUUAAAAAUGACCGUUUUGUUUCCCAGUUAAAUACUGUUUUAAAAACUCUCUCGUAAGCGACCACUACUUACUAAAACGACUGCCGUUAUUUUUUUAACCAGAAAUUCGACGUAUUCUUUUUUUUUUUUGUUUCUCGUAAGCGACCACCCGGCAUGAUCACUUACGACUCUGAGAAAUCCAUCGCUCGGAUGUCACAAAAGUUUAGUUUUUAGAAACUUUGACCAAGCUUGUGGACAGAUUAUAGCAGUUGACUUGCAAAAAAGAUGGCUGUUAUACAGUCUGUAAGUAAAGAGGUGGAUUGUUCCAUUGAUGCAAAAUGUUAUGGACAAAGUUUCAACAGUUUCAAACGCUAUUCUUUGUGAAACAUUAUUACCAGUUGUUUGUUUACCUAAGUUUUAGCUCGUUAGGUAACUUUAUCUAGUCACGUUAAUCAGUGCAGUUUGAGCUUAUUUUCUUAGUUUUUCCCAUAGACGACCACCUCCUGUAAGCGACCACUUUGUCGUGCACCAAGGGUGGUCGCUUACGAAAGAGUUGACUGUAUGGUUAAAUAUUCAGUAGCGCUUCUGAUAAAGAAUAAUCAGGUUUAGUUACUUUGUACAUUUAGAGUGAAUAUGCUUGAAGUUAACAAUUAAAGUGUUGAAUAACCACUCACAAUAUUUUAUCUUACCUUCUUACCUGUAGCAACGGUCACGUUACAAAAACAGUCUCGAUCAAAUUGUUACAGCAUCGAUCCCAAUAUCGUUACAACAUUGUCACAGCAAAAAUAAAUAUUUAUUAAUAAUGGUUGAUGAGCUGCGUUGUGUGGCAUACAACCGCUGACAGGCCUUAUCUGAAGUGUAACCUUCCAUUAACCUAAAAUACAUUUAAUUAUGUGAUUAUCGAGAUUCUGAUUAUUGUUGUUGUUGUCGUUAUUUUCCAUCAGGGUUAUGAUACUCUUGUUGGUGAAGGUGGUACUCAGUUAAGUGGAGGGCAGAAGCAGCGUAUCGCUAUUGCACGAGCUCUCGUAAAAGAUCCCAGGAUAUUGUUGUUGGAUGAAGCAACCUCGGCAUUGGACAGUGAAAGUGAAUCCAUUGUACAAGCUGCACUGGAUCGAGUAAGAAAUUUGCAUUCAGAUUAUUAACGUAUUACAAACAGUUUUGAGGUAUAUUUAGUAAAUUUGAGUUUCUCAAUGAAAGUGUGUCCAGCGGAAAUCUUGCUAAUAGUUGCAACACCAGUACAACGGAACAGUUGUAAAAUGCCUUUGUUGGCUGAGGAUGCGUAAAAAAGAGAUUCUACCAAAUCAUUAUGUACAUCCCGGUUACCAUGAGAUGCGCACGCACCGCCGCAGGUCAGUGCAGGUAUCGUUCGCCUUGGGUUUAGUCGUGCUUAUUUUUCUCCGAUAUUUCUCCGCCUUUUGCAGCUGCUUAUCACGGUAAGUUAACAGUUACUUUUUCGUUUAUUUUUCUUUUACUGUGGACGCGCUCCACAUUACAUUCUCCAGCCGUUAUUGUCUGGAUUUUUUCCUUUCUCGUGCUCUGUGACGCGUCACAGGCGGACUGGGCUCUUGUGCCGAAUUANCUCAGUUAAGUGGAGGGCAGAAGCAGCGUAUCGCUAUUGCACGAGCUCUCGUAAAAGAUCCCAGGAUAUUGUUGUUGGAUGAAGCAACCUCGGCAUUGGACAGUGAAAGUGAAUCCAUUGUACAAGCUGCACUGGAUCGAGUAAGAAAUUUGCAUUCAGAUUAUUAACGUAUUACAAACAGUUUUGAGGUAUAUUUAGUAAAUUUGAGUUUCUCAAUGAAAGUGUGUCCAGCGGAAAUCUUGCUAAUAGUUGCAACACCAGUACAACGGAACAGUUGUAAAAUGCCUUUGUUGGCUGAGGAUGCGUAAAAAAGAGAUUCUACCAAAUCAUUAUGUACAUCCCGGUUACCAUGAGAUGCGCACGCACCGCCGCAGGUCAGUGCAGGUAUCGUUCGCCUUGGGUUUAGUCGUGCUUAUUUUUCUCCGAUAUUUCUCCGCCUUUUGCAGCUGCUUAUCACGGUAAGUUAACAGUUACUUUUUCGUUUAUUUUUCUUUUACUGUGGACGCGCUCCACAUUACAUUCUCCAGCCGUUAUUGUCUGGAUUUUUUCCUUUCUCGUGCUCUGUGACGCGUCACAGGCGGACUGGGCUCUUGUGCCGAAUUAUAAUUUUAUGAGACGACUCCUGGACGUGUCCAGAGUUUAAACAAUUGUGGUGCAACGCGUUUAUAUCCUUUCCUCGUUUCUUUACGAGUCUCAACAAGUUUAUGACUAGCUAUAUAGCCGGUUAUUUGGACCUAUUUUUCUAUACCACGUGGAGGACGAGUCCGCCAUUUUUGUAGUGCAAAAAGCUUGACGUUUUCUUUAUCCAUCUUAAUUUCUUCAGACGAUGUCUGAGGAGUCUCAGUAAAUUGCAAAUUCUGGAGGUACUUCGCCUGUGGACCUCAAGGCGAUGUUUGCCGCACUUUUAGAUGAUGCCAAAAGAGAUAUUUUGGCCCACGUACAAGACUCUAUCGAGAAGGUUUAUGCCGAUUUUGAAGAUUAUGAGACCGGCCCUGAGAGCGGUGAAGCGAGCACGGAGUGUUCGGAUGCAGCUGUUGCAACGGCUGUUGCAACUAAAAUAAACGAUUUUAUCCAGCCAAAAACCUCAGAUCAUGCUGAAGGCUCGGAUGGCGGUUCCUUUAAAUCACUCGCUGAUGAAUUUAGCGUUCUAGAGAAAACUUCACCUGCCAUAGAUGGAAAUUUGGCAGAAAUAGUUCCCUUACUGAAAUUGAACAGACUAUCAUUGACAAUGAAGUAAAAACAUUCCUUCUUAAAGGGAUAAUAAGGCUAUCAUCACAUGAGGAUGGCCAGGUCAUAUCUCCAAUUUUUACAAGGCCUAAGGAAGAUGGGUCUCACAGGGUUAUAUUUAACCUAAAGAAACUGAAUGAGUCAGUGACAUACCAUCAUGUUAAAAUUGACACGUUAGAAACAGCUAUUAGACUCAUGAGGCCUGGAUGUUACAUUGUACAUGACAUCUAUAGAUCUGAAGGAUGCGUAUUACUCUAUUCCUAUUGCAGAAGAACAUCAGAAAUAUUUAAAAUAUGUUUGGAGGGAUCAAUUAUAUGCUUUCACUAGCCUGCCUAUGGGAUUGACUAGUAGCCCUAGGAUUUUUACGAGAGUUUUAAAACCGGUCUUUAGCUACUUGAGGGGUCAGUUUGGCCACACCUGUCUGGGCUACAUUGAUGACUCUUUCUAUCUGGGAGAUGGUUAUACGGAAUGUGAAGAAGCCACAUUACAUUCAAUACAACGUUUUGUCAGUCUGGGUUUUAAAAUCCAUCCAGAAAAGUCAGUUAUUAUACCAACACAGAUCUUAGAGUUUUUAGGGUUCAUUUUGAACUCUAUUCUCAUGUCAGUUACUUUGACUAACAAGAAAGCUGUUAAAAUUUUGCAGUUGUGCCAAAAGUUCUCUGUUCCAAAUAAACGGUUUACUAUUGUGAAGUUGCAUCUUUUCUUGGGACCUUAGUCUCCAGCUUUCCAGGCUUGGAGUUUGGCCCUUUCACAUUAUCGCCACUUUGAGGUUGACAAAGAAGCAAAUUUGAAAUUGAACCAGGGGAAUUUUGAUUCAUUUAUGACCUUGUCUCAUGACAGAGAGAUUCACUGGUGGACUGCAAAUAUUCUAACAGCAUCAAGAAGAAUUUUUCAUUAUAGUCCUGAUGUAGUUGUUUACACUGAUGCAUCCCAAAUGGGUUUGGGUGCUCAAAUCGAACAUGGGAAUAACACUAGUGGCAUCUGGUCUAAGUCAGGGUGAUCCAGGCACAUAAAUUACCUGGAAUUAUUAGCAGUUAAGCUUGCUCCGUCAUCCCUACUUGAUGCCAGGAACAACAUCCAUGUGCGGGUUAUGUCUGAUAACAACACUGCUGUGUCUUACAUGAAUUCUAUGGGAGGUUGUAGAUCUUUAGAAUGUAACUCCAUUGCUAAGGAUACUUGGGAUUGGGCUAUUGACAAAGAUAUUUGGUUAUCAGCAGCCCAUAUUCCAGGAUCAAGCAAUAUUGACGCUGAUCAGUUAUCUCGGAAUUUGAAUUUGGAUCUGGAAUGGAUGCUUUCCGCUCCGAUUUUUCAGAGAAUAGUAGCUUUAUUUGGUAAACCAGAUAUAGAUCUAUUUGCUAGUAGACUCGAUGCUCAGGUGGAGGAUUAUGUUUUCUGGAAACCACAUCCAAUGGCAAAGUUUGUAGAUGCUUUUACCAUUGAUUGGUCACAAUUUUUGUGCUAUGCUUAUCCUCCAUUUGGCUUGUUUCAAGGUGUGUACAGAAAAUAAUUCACGACCAGGCCAGGCAUCAGGAAUUCUAGAAAUUCCCUUAUGGACAACUCAGCCUUAUUUUACGGCUGUACUGAGCCUACUAACAGAAACGCCACGUGUAUUAAAUGCUUCAGUUCAGAAUCUGAUUCAUCCAACCCUGGACGGUCCUCAUCCCCUACACCAACGACUGCAGUUGAUGGUAUGCAAAUUAUCAGGUGAUCCUUGCAAGAGUCUGAGAUUUCGCCAGACAUUGUCGACAUCAUCAUGCAUUCGUGGAGAGACAGCACUCAGAAACAAUACAAAGUGUAUAUCAACAAGUGGCUGCAAUUUUCCAGCGAAAGGAAGAAUGAUCCGUUGCAUCCCACUGUAACAGCUGUACUCUUUUUUCUGCACAGUCUUUUCAAGAGUGGCUUGAGCUAUUCUGCGCUGAAUACAGCUCGGUCUGCAGUCUCUAGCACUGACAUGCGUGAUAGUGAUGCCCCGUCUCAUACACCUGUAGGAAAGCAUUUCCUUGUUUGCCGUUACCUUAAAGGGGUGUUCAACAAGCUGAAGCCUGUGCCGAAGUAUAACAAUAUCUGGUCCGUAUAUACUGUCCUUGAUUACUUGAGUUUAUUUUGGCCUUUACACGAGAUCAAUUUGAAGGAACUCACCCUAAAAUUAGUCAUGUUGAUUGCCUUGACUACGGGGCAGAGAUGUCAGACUUUGACCUUUAUAGAACACAUCAGAGCAAUAUAUGCAGAAGAAUGAUACAUGUUUUAAUUCUGCCUUAACUGAACACCUUAAGCAGGACAAACCUGGCAAAGUUUUUGGCAAUAUACGCCUUUACAAGUAUCCAGUAAGGGAACUGUGUGUUUAUGAAAUAUUAGAUUCUUGCCUACGGCCUACCGAAAAGCUUAGAAAUUCUUCAAAAUUGCCUGUUUCGUACAUUGAGCCCUAUAAGGCAGUAACCUCAUAUACUAUUGGGCGCUGGAUCAAAACUUUGUUGCGGGUGUUGAUACAGCUAGAAAUAUUUUCUGGUCAUAGCAUUAGGUGUGCUUCAACGAGUAAAGAUCUCACGUCAGUUUCCACUGAUGUGAUUCUAGCUACACAGCUGGGUGGACUGAGGAGUCCACUUUUCGGAAGUUUUACAAGCCAGUUGCUGUAACAAACCAGAUGCGUUUGGCAGUUCUCACUUAGGUUAAUGCCUUGUACAACAAAAUUGUAUUGCAAAGUAGUGUACAAUUAAAGUGGGCGUGUGAAGUUGUUUGGGUGCUUUCUCAUUUUGCGCUCACUGCGUUAAAGUCUCAUGGUAACCCGGAUGUACAUAAUGCUUUGCUAGAAUUGAAAAUUAAACAAGUAGGGUUAACAUGCCCAUAGCACCCAUAUGCUUACACCCACCCCUGACGUCGUUUCGGCUGUGUUUUAGUGAUCACAAUAUUCUUUUAAGACUGACCUGCGGCAGUGCGUGCGCAUCUCAUGUUAACCCUACUGUACUACUAAUGAUUUGGCAGAAUUGUCAUCAAACUUCAACGUACAGGUAAGUCUUGUUUAAUUUUCAGUUAGAAGUGGUUUAGUACAUCAACCGGAUUGCCGGACGUUUAGUUAAAUUUUAUUUGAAAUUGUGAUGUGUUUACACCUUGUUAAAGUCAAGUGCAACCUACAGAUAACUAGAGAACUAGAGACUAAAGCUGGUAUUUCGGAUAUUAGUCUCAAAACGCCAAGGUCGUACAACCAGCAAAGUUGAAAUUAUGAAUGCUGUCAACAAGUUGUUUUUUGGUCAUCUAGCAAGACACGCUAGGUUUGUGCUCACGGCUGUGAUUGAUAUUGAAAAGGUCAAUAAUCCCGAGAAUGCUGAUUAUAAUAUUUUAUUAUCACUAAUGAUAUCUCUUUAAGGCACGUCAAGGUCGUACAACUAUUGUGAUUGCCCAUCGCCUCUCGACAGUCCAGAAUGCUGACCUAAUUGCAGUUAUUCAGGAAGGCACGAUCGUCGAGAAGGGUCGUCAUGAUGAACUCAUGAACAUUGAUGGACUAUAUCGACAGCUUGUUACGCUUCAGGUAUGUAUGCCUUCAUUUAACUUAUAAAUGAUUUAAUUCAGGCUUCAUUUGAGAUGCCAAAGUCCAAAUCCGCAGAGCGAGUGAUGCAAUCGGACUCUAACGCACCUGUACCGUACCGCUUAGUGACAGCAGACUCUUGUUGCUGUUGAUUGUUGCUGACCCUUCGGCUAACUUAGUGUCGAACGCUGCGGGUAAACUAACCGAAGAAACGCUACAAACACACCGAGAGGCCCAAUUACACGCUACUAGAGCGUCUUGGUUUAGUUGGCUGCUGUGAACAAUAAAAAGAAAACGUAUUGCAGACCUUUAAUAUCAAAAUGCUUCCAAUCGUUGAUGACGCGUUCCUUUAAUUUAUUUCUUCGACUGUUGGUAAUUUUUAAAACCAGAAUAUUCAACAUAAAUCAUGAAACUGCAUUGGUUUGUCCGAAACCUAAACAAAUGGUCCACGUAUUUUAAUGGAAGACCAUUCAGACCCACAGAGAAAAGGGAAAGGUGGAAAAUACCAAAACCUAUUUCACUGAGACUGUCAUUAUAGUUCCUAAACGGCCACUUGAAUUACGGGCAGCUUCAGUAAAGUAUAAUAUUCUUUCUUGAUACUGCUCAGCAGCAACUGAUAGUUGUGGCUUUCGUUAUUGUGACCCUCUUCCGUAAUCUAUGAACCCGACCAUUUUCACGGCAUAAAAUAUUCGCUGAGCCUCUGGAGUAUUUCUUUUUUGUAGAUUUUCAAGCAGGAGGUAGAAGGUGAAGAUGAGGACGAUGACGAUGAAAUUAAUGAACAGACGAAUUAUAGUGAAGGAAAGGGAGUGAGAACUCAUUCAGGUUCGUUCAUCCGUAAUAUUUGAUACUCAGCCCAUGAUCUUCUGUCAGUAGUAUAAUAGGUUUCUACCCUUGAGAGCUCAAAGCUUGACUGUGCAAGCGAAUAAUAAAGUGAUCAUUUUUGAUAAUAAGAUAUUAAUAUUAAUAUUAAUAUGGAUAUGUUGGAAGAUAUUUUUUGACUCGUUAUCAGGUAGUGAGUACAAUUUUUACCUGAACACGUAAUUGAAUGACCACGGCCAAAACUUGUCAAGAAUGGAAGUGAAGCAAGGCGGUUACCAGUGCUUUUAUCAACCAAGCUUGAUUUUUUACUAUUUUUUUUGUUCAUUUACUUACAGUGUCAUCAGCACCAGCCAACUACGUUCGUAGUGUUUCACGCAUGUCAAGCGAUAGUGAACACGAAGGUCCUGUCCCAGGAAAGUUAAGAGCAGGUUCAAUGCUGCAUAAGGCAGAGGUAAACACUGCAUUAUGAGGUAUGCAUGAUCACAUCAUUUGGAGUCAUGGUUGAAUAUGGCUGUGAAAAUUUUGAACCCAGGAAUUUACUAUGAGAGAAUGACUGGACAACACACAAUUUGACUAACAACAAACGACUGUUUGACUGUGCCAAUAGACGGAUCGAUCGAAACGCACCAGUGACAUAACUAGUCUUCAUAGCCAAUAACUGACAGACGACAAAUGACAUCAGGACUUUACUAACAAUCAGGUCAAUUAUUUUUAAUGCCAUAAGCUGACGUGAUACAACUCACUUUGACUCUGAAGAAGACUACCGCACAAGUUGCUGAAACGUCAGUUACUGGCAACAACAGGCCUAUUCAGGACUACGUUAACCCGGAUGAUCAUAUAUAACCUACGUAUGAUUAAGUAUACAUGUAUGAAUCAAAUGGUGACGAGGGAAAUGAGGGAAUAAUUUCACUCGCAUUUCGUUCAAAUUCCAAUAAUUUCCCUAGUCUUCAGGCGCGAAGCGUUUUCCCAGUUAUUUUUUGUGCUUCUCGCCAAACAAAGUGCAACCUACUGACGCUUGCUAAUUUUGGUUUCCGAGAAUUGCCUCGACCUUCGCGUGGCCUGGAAAGACACUCUAUCCUGUCCUUAGCGGCUAAUGGUUACAUUCCUUUUUGCCAACUUUUUUCGGAUAUGGACAAUCCAGAUUGUUUGGAUUUUCGUGCUAACCGGAACAAAAAUCUGAAAUAAGAUUGAUCCAUACAGCGGCUGGCUGUCCCUCCGAUCUUCUUCUCAAUUUCAACGCAUCGUUUUUCACUUCUUUCUGCUAAAUUAAGCAUCUUCUCGUGGAGACACGGAAAUAAAAUUAGCUCUUUAACUAGUGGUGGUUCAUACUGGAACUUAUCAACUUAAAAUUAUCUGGAAUUUGAUUCAAGAAAAUUCAGAAGACAUUUACAAAUUCUCAAGCGCUGAGAAGCGCGUUCUAAACACAAACAGACAUUGCACAGUAUAGUUUUGCAAUGAGAAAAUCUAAACGUUUUCUCUUCCUUACGGAUUUAGAGUGACAGUGGAAUAUACUUCAAUCCUUUAGCAGCAUAGAACAACAAGGAAAUAUAAAUAACUUUUGCCUGAACUAACCUUGACCCGCCGUGUUUACUUAUGAACAAGCAAGUUUUUGCGAUCGAAAAGCAGUUUCAUUAAAUGGAACAAAGAUCUGAAACCAGAUUGAGAUGCCAAUCUGAGCGAUCCACGUUAAGAGGUAGAUCCUUCGGAUUGCAAUCUUAGAUUGGUUUGGUCCUUAAUGGAACAAAAAAUCGAAUUUUCGAUCAAAAAAUCCGGAUUUAGAUUGGCUAAAAGGAAUGCAAUUUAUGUGGCACUCCAUGCGAAAUAUCUUGACAUACAGAUAAAAGGGCUUUUAUAACAUAAAUAAUUAUUAUUUGGGGUCUUUGCCUUAGGAUAAGAAGGACAAAGGUGGCGAAGAAAAGAUUUUAGAAGAAGAAGUGGAACCUGCUCCAGUUAUGCGCAUCUUGAAGUUGAACACUCCGGAAUGGCCUUACAUUUUCGUUGGAAGUUUUGCCGCCAUAAUCAAUGGCCUUUUACCACUUGCAUUUGCACUACUCUUAUCCGAACUCCUCACUGUGAGUGAAGAAGGUUAUUUUUCUUGUGCUGGAUAGAUUUAUUGAAGUCUGAAAUGUCACCCGUCUCUUCCCCCAACCCCCAACGGGCGCCUGUCGGGGGGUGGGGUGACGAGACAGAUGGCAUUUCAGACUAAGAUAUAGUAUAAAUAUUCGACCCGAUGAUGGAAGUGUUCGUUACCGACGCGACAAGACAAUUUUUGAACACGCCAGUUAUAUGGUUUCCCGUCGAUGAUUGUAUGUGUGGCAUCAUUUGUUGUCUUGGUCAUAAUAUUUGAUUUGUAAUUACGUUGGCUCUGUUUAACUGCGUUAUGGCGAUGGCUGUUGAUUUGACAAAACUGGACGAACUAAAAAUCACUUAGUAGUAAUCCGGAUUCCAUGGGAUCAAUAAUUCGACUUUUCCGUUCUUCUGUUUUACUCAAGUGGUACAUUUAUAUAGUUUUUACACGUGCACUUCAGAUGUACAUGUGUAUAUGGUUUGAGGGGGAGCAAGGGUUUCGCAGUAAUGGGAGCACUCGUCUCCCACCAAUGUGGCCCGGGUUCAAAUCCCGGCGUAGACGCCAUAUGUGGGUUGAGUUUGUUGUUGGUUCCCUCCCUUGUCCCGAGAGGUUUUUCACCGUGUUCUCCGGUUUUUCUCUCUCCUCAAAAACCAACACUUGCAAAUUCCAAUUCGAUCUGGAACGCACAGACACGUUUAAACGAGUUCAACUCCUGAGUGCUUCGUGGGUAAACAAAUUUCGAACUACAAUUUACAAUUUACAUGGUGUGCGUCCAGCAGAUUUGUUUUUUUCGAUUAGUACUCCAACAAAACUUGUUAAAGAUGACGUUGUGGAAAUUCGGGUGAGUUUCAAAUUACCCUAAAUAAUCUGGGUUACCUUUGUAAGUGAAAGUAAGUCGCUCAAAGCUAGGUUACCGACUGCACGGAUUGCUAGCUCGAGAUGACAAAAACAUAAUUUGAAAGCUUUGACCGUUGACUAAUUUCUGUAUAUUCAUGUUCUGUUCUUUUUUAAGGUCUUCACGUCGCGAGAUGCACAGAAGAUUAAAAAGGAGUCCGAUUUCUGGUGUCUCAUGUAUGUUGCUGUUGCUGUUACAAGCUUUUUGGCAUAUUUUAUCCAGGUCAAGUAUUGUUCCAGCUUUCUUUACUUCAGAAGAUAACUUCUAAAAUAAGGGAUUAAUUCAUGCUCAUUUAGUUUUUGGCUGGAGCCUUUUAGAUGAAUAAUUCUGUUUUAACCUUUUUUUUCUAAAGACCGUAAUGUUUGCCAAAUCUGGGGAGUUGCUCACUUUACGGCUGAGGAAGAUGGCGUUUCAAGCAAUUUUAAGACAGGUCAGUGAAUCUAUUUGAUCUUAUCUCUGUCAGGUGCUUUAAGCAAUGUUGUGAGCGCAUUGUAACAGACUGAAAGAGCAAGGGAAAUAACUAGCAAGAGUUUCAGUCCUCUUGAUCGGUAAACGUCGGUUAAGCUGGUACUUGGUAGCAGCAACAGUGAAGGGGUCUAUAAACUCUUGAUUUUUCAUCCAUCUUUUUGAAUAGGAUAUGUCAUAUUUUGAUGACCCAGUGCAUAGUACAGGAGCUUUAACGACAGCCCUAUCGACACAUGCUUCGGAUGUCAAAGGGGUAGGUAGACGGCAGACCGUCAGUGUUUUUUUAAAGGAAUCUCUUAUCCGCUCAGCACAAAUAUUAAAGCUUAAAGUGAAAGCGCUUAUAACAUGUUUAUAAAAGUCUUACCUAAAAUAAUUGACUCGCCCUUGUAACCCCCUGUGACCUCUUCUAACCCCCAGUAAUCUCUUCCAACCACAUGUAACCACUUGCAAGCCUCUGUAACCCAAAGUAACCCCCUAUAACCAUUUGCAACCCGCAGUAAGCCCCUCUAACCCCUCUAACCCCUUUAAUCCCAGUGAGGUUUAAAUAGCAAAAGCCAUAAUUUUCACAGGAAAGAAGACCCUGAAAGACUCUGGUAGUAGUAGUAAAAUGACACCAUCGUACAAAUGGCCCAUUAUGAGGUUAAAAGCAGCAUGUUUUUCUUGUUUGUUUUUGUUCUACAGGCUACAGGAAGUCGAGUUUCCAGUAUUGUCGCGUCUUUCAGUACAAUUAUUGCCUGCACUGUGUUUGCUUUCUUCUAUGGUUGGAAGCUGUCUCUUGUCGUUCUGGCUUGUGUUCCAUUUCUGGCCUUCGCCAAUGCUGUUAAGACCAAGGUGAUGUUUCAGGGCUCGAUGUCUGGUAAGGGCGAAGACAUGACUAUUCAAUCCGGCAAGGUGAGAAGAGCUUUAUUCACACUCCUCUAA